UCGUCGUGAGCUAAAAAAAGGGCAACUCAGCUUAAAGCAGAUCGCCCUGUCUUUUAAUGUUCUACUAUAAAUAAAGUGCUUCAAUGCAACUCGCUCUUCCCAGUUCCAUCUCUCGGUAAUCAGUUUACUUACCUUUAUGUACUUCAAGCGUAAAAGGAAACCCGUAUUCAAUUCUCCCUCUACUCCCAGUCGUUUCCUUUUUUACUUUAAGAAAAUGCUCAAAAUUCUCAAUCUAACUCCAUCACGCAUCAAAGAUCUUCUUUUAAUAUUUUCCCUUUUUAUUUCCAUUUUUCUCGUCUUCCGCCACCCCCAAGCCCCUCUCCCUCUCGCCACAACGGCCCCGUUCCCUUCACCCACGUGCCGCCAUCACCUCUUCUUUUCCAUUGCUUGCUCCUCAAACUCCUUCCCCCACCGAAGCUCCUACAUUCGCCUCUGGUACACUCCACGCGCUACCCGUGCCGUCGCCUUCCUCGACCAACCUGUCUCCUCUUUGGUGGACCCCACUCUCCCUCCCGUCAUGGUGUCCGGCGACACCAAAUCAUUCCCUUACACCUUUAAGGGUGGUCUCCGUUCGGCUAUACGCGUGGCGCGUGUAGUCAAAGAGGCGGUUGAACGCAACGAAACGGGAAUCAGGUGGUUCGUGUUCGGGGACGACGACACUGUUUUUAUCGUGGACAAUUUGGUAAAAGUGCUUUCCAAAUACGAUCACGAGAAGUGGUUUUACGUUGGGAGCAAUUCUGAGAGUUACGAGCAAAAUUUGAAAUACUCUUUUGACAUGGCGUUUGGCGGGGGAGGGUUCGCUAUCAGUUACUCCUUGGGAAAGGUUUUGGCUAGGGUUUUGGACUCUUGCUUGAUGAGGUACGCUCACUUGUACGGAAGCGAUGCUAGGGUUUGGUCUUGUUUGGCUGAGCUUGGCGUAGGUUUGACUCAUGAACGUGGUUUCCAUCAGGUUGACAUGCGGGGUAAUCUUUUUGGAAUGCUUACUGCUCAUCCAUUAUCACCUCUGGUAUCUCUUCAUCACUUGGAUGCUAUGGAGCCAGUCUUCCCAAAUAUGAGCAAGGCUCAAGCUCUGGAACACUUCUUUAAAGCUGUGAAUGUUGAUUCUUCCAGGAUUUUGCAGCAAACUGUCUGCUAUGAUCGUUUCAAUUCAUUGACUGUUUCAGUUGCAUGGGGUUAUGCUAUUCAGCUUUAUGAAGGCAAUCAGCUCCUUCCGGAUCUCCUUUCACUGCAGAAAACCUUUUCCCCAUGGAAGAGAGGUGCGAAUGUUGGGGCUCACUUUAUGUUCAAUACAAGAGAAUUUCCUAAAGAUUCAUGUAAAAGACCCUUAGGAUUUUUCCUAGAAAGUGUUGGGUCAGACAAAAAUGUUGUCUGGAGCAUUUAUACCAGGUAUUCUGAUGGAAAUUGUGUCAGAACUGAUGCAAUAAAGAACCUCAAGGAGGUGAAAGUGGUCUCACAGAAGCUGGAGCUUGAUAUGGAGCAGAUAAUGGCUCCUCGUCGCCAGUGCUGUGAGAUUUUGCCUUCAUAUAAUGAAUCAAUGGUUAUCAACAUUAGAAAGUGUGGAAUUGAUGAACUGAUAUCCAUGAAUGCAUAGCACUUCUACCAAGAUGACUGCUGUUGUGUGAAAAACUGAAGCAGGCACAAAGCAUGCAGAACUUCAAUCAAACUUCUGCUCAAUUUAUAUUGUAAACUGUGAGGUAAUUUCUUGUCAAUUUAGAUGGUCUUUGUUGAAAUGAAUGGCUUUAAUCUAACCUCCUUGAUCUGCAAAUUCAGUUUCAUGCAAUGUUUCCCACAUAGCAGCUAAGGGCUUAGUUGUUGGUGUUGGUACAUGUGGAAAAUGCCCUUUUCCAUUUUAACUAUAAUCAUCAUAUGUGAGUUCCUUUUGUGUAUUGACCUGAAAGCCUAAUGUUUCAGCUGGUGAAAUCUUGUAGAUUCCAACUGACUUAUAAGUCUUCUGUAUGGUUGAGAUCUCCAAGCCUUGUAGAACUGGUAUUUUCUCACUAACUCUAAUGCAUUUUCUAAUAAUUGCUAUGCCUUAUCUUCAGGAGAGGAAGCUAAUGACUAAAGGUGGCCAUGGGUCUUUGGUUUUAGCAUUCAGUGACCAUCACGAGAAAUAGUGAAUGACCUGGAUCAAAAGGAGACUGCUCCAACAAUCUUACCUUCUAAGAUUUGGCGAAUGGUGACUUAGGAAUUGGCUGCUUUUUGUUAAAUUGAUUGGCCUAAUUAAUCUACUGCUUACCUCUGGAGGUAUGUGAAGAAAGAUGACAACAAUAAUCUAAACACAUCAUCAAAAAAAAAAAAAUCGAUGCUGAUUAGCAUGUAGCCGAAUGUUAUCAUCUUGUGAAGUAAAUAAAAUUUUGGUGAAGUGAAUAAUGUUGAUUUUAUUCUUAAUGUCAAGUAAGCGAUGUCUGAUUGUGCGGGAAAAGUU